GGGCAGUUAGGGCCGGUGGCUGAACGUGCGAAAUAACUGGUGUUUCUCCGGUAUUUUUCGAGCAGGCUUUCUUCGAGCUGAUUGAGCGGCGAUGAAGUUUCCCACAGGAAACGUGGCUACUGAGCUCAACAGUGGGGGGAGUCAGAUCAAAGGCUAAGUAUGCUACAUGAAAUAGAUGAGAUUUUGAGAUCUACUUCUGACCAGAAAAAUGCCCCCGGUGGUGGUGUCAUGUCAGGAUCCAGGAUGAUGGACGAAAGCUUGUCAACUCUGAUGAAGGAGUAUUAUGAACAGUUGGAAGAAAUGAGAAAACAGCAGCAGCUUUAUCGGGUACAAGUGAGAGGGAUGAGACAAAAUCUUGAACAAGUCACUCGAGAAAAUGAAAGGCUGCAUGCAGAGUUGAAAGAGGCUAUUGAGAAGCAACUGGACGCCUUUCCUUUUGUGUCUCUAGGAACUGAUAUUCUUGCAGAUGAUUAUAUAGUGAAAAACCUUCAAGAGCAACUAAAACUGGAAACUCAAGCAAAGGAGCAAGCAGUAGAGCUUUGGCAGACUGUAGUACAGGAGCAUGAUCAACUCCAGCAGAAGUACCAGGAAUACCUGACUGAAACAGGGAUUCACAUGGUUGAAAUGCAAAAGCAUAAAGAUCAGCUGACUGGUUUUCAGCGGUUGACUCAGCAACUGCGCAUAGCCAAUGAAAAGAAAGAGUUGACUAAUCAACAGCUUCUGCAAAUUGUAGCACAACAAAAUGUGGAACUACAGAACCAACAAAAACAACUGAGGCAAGCCAGAAAAGAUGAGCAGACAGCAAAUGUUAAGGUUGAUGAAAUGACCAGAUCAACAAAAAGGCUUCAAACCCAGUUGGAGAGAAAGGAAGAAAACAUGUUAUUUGACCAGCAAAGAGAAGCAGCAUUUGGCAGACACUUGUAUCAAAUGCAGACUAGGAUAAAACAACUAGAAACAAGAUUAAGCAUUACUGUCCAAGAUGCUCAACAGCAGAGAAAAGAAAGAGCAGCCUGGGAGAAACAAAUUGUGGAACUUCAGAAAAAGAUUGCUAAUCUAGUAAGGGAGAAGCAUGAUGCUGUUGCAAAAACCCAAGAUUACAUACACCUCUUACAAGAAGCUAACCUACAAAAAAGUUGGGCAUUCUCUAGGGAGAAAAAAAAGGAAGAGGAAAUAAAAAAAAUGAAAUAUGAAAUGUCUCGAUUCGCAGAAGAUAAUGCUGCAAGAAUUAGAAAAGCAGUAGACAUGGCAAAGAAACAGUAUAAGGUGCAGAUUUCUCGACUAGAAGAAGAACUUUCAGCUCUUCAGAUGGAAUGUGGAGAAAAACAGUGUCAAAUUGAACGAGCUAUUAGAGAAAAGAAAGCUGUAGAAGCAGAACUUGAAAAGAUUUACAGGGAAGACGAAGGAUAUGAAUCUGACAACAGAAAACUAGAGCAGCUGCAUCAGAAGUACUUACUUGCAGAGACUACAAUAGAUGACCUUCAGCUCACUCUUCAGACAACACAAAAUAAACUGAAACAGCUGGAAAUGAACUUUGAGGAGGAGAAAUCCCGUUCCCAGGAAGUUGUCUGUAAUUUGCAAAGUACUUUGAAAUCAGAAAGAGAAAAGAGUGUCUCUAUCAGUGAACAAAGUCUAAAGGUUCAGCAAGAGAAUGAACAGUUGCAGAAAGAAAUGGAGGACUUGAGAAAACAGGUCAUAGAGGCUCAACGAAAAGCUAACAUAAAGAUAAGCACAAUGGAGCAUGAGCGUGAUGUGAGAGAACAUGGGUAUGAAGCUCGACUUAAGGAAAUGGAAGACAGCAGUCAGAAGUCUACUGCUGAACUUACAUGUCUGUUAUUAGCCCAGCAAAAAGCAACAAAUCGAUGGAAAGAAGAAACAAACAAAAUUACUGAAACUACAGAAGCCAGGAUCAGAAAGCUAGAAAGAGAGCUAAGUCAACAAAAAAUUUGUAACCAGGAGCUCAUUUCUCAACUGGAAGUUGCAAAUGAAAAGGCAACCGAGGAUGAAAAAUUAAUGAGGGAAUAUCGAGAAUACAUCAAUAGGCUUCAAAAGCGUCUAAACCAGGCAGAACAGAGGGCAGCUACGGCAACUCAAAAGCUCAGCCUCAUAACAGCACAGAAGAAAAAAGCUGCUCCCCUGAAGGAGGUGGAAGAUAUGUAAACACCUGCAUUGUUUCUUCACACCAUGUUGGAGGUAAGAAGAUUGAUGGAGAAACUUCAUAUUGAAGCACUGAAGUCAUCAUAGAACAAUUUGGGUUGGAAGAGACCUUAAAAGCUAUCUUGUUCUAACUCCCUGCUACGGGCAGGGUCACCUUCCACUACAUCAGGUUGCUCCAAGCCCCA